AUGCCCGCCCUCUUCCGGCGGCAGAGCAACAUCCAAUGCUUCUUCUGCAACUCAGCCAUUCCCAUCCCCGUCAACACCCGCAACUUCAAAUGCCCCAGCUGUGCCUGCUGGAACCGCUACGACGAGCGCGGCGAGAUCAUCUCUGACGAGCCCGCCAUGCACGACGAGCACCUCAACUCGCGUUCCUUUGCCAAGCGCGCAAGAAUCGUCUGCCUACGAUGUACGGCCCCGGCCCGUUCUGCCAUUCGUGCCAGACGAACCAGAUGCUCAUCAUCAACCUGCUAUCCAACUACCUACCUGCGCCCGAGGCGAAGCCCCGAAUAUCAAUCCCGCGUCGACAUGCUCCCCGCGUACCGCGAAUCCCUGCACGCGCGCUACCCGCCCGUAUGCGACGCCUGCCUGCCCCAGGUCGAGGAGGAGAUCAGACAGAAGGAGCAAAUGGCCCGCGCGAAAGCCCUUGGCGGGUGGUUGAGCAAAGGGAAGGAGCGCAAGCGGCGCGUAUCCUCUGGACCGGAUAUGGAGAGGGAGAAAGUCCUGGCGCCCGAGACAGUGUUCUGGUGGAAGGUCCGCGGUGCGCUCUGGGUCCUGUGUUUGGUCGUGUCGGUGGUUGGGAGCGGUUCAGCCGCGUAUGGACGGCAUCCUUUCGUUCGUCUAACCUUCCUACACCCCUUGCUUCCACUUCUGGCUGCUUUAUCUCUAUUAUGGACCGCCUGGGACCCGACGUACGCGUCGUAUCGAAAAGCGCAAGUCCAAGGACGAGACGUCCGAAUACAGGGCAAGCGCACGUAUAAUAUGCUUCAAAUAUCUGCUUGGUCAAUACGCUUUCUAUCCUCCAUCAUCCUCUGUAUACGCUGGUUCAACGCGCACUCAACUGUCAUUCCUUGGUCCAAUGACAACCGGAUAUAUCCACUAACUGUAUUAUGCAUUGAACUCAUCACGAUCACCGCCUCAUGCUCCGUCCUACGAAUCCAACAACCCCCCUCCAUCCGCCUCAUCGACACGCACUCACACAAUCGACUAGACGACAAAUCACGCUCCAGCACACCAAAUCCUACCUCCGCCCCACCUCGCUCCUCUUCCGUAACCCGCUUCCCCUCAACACUGCCCGAACACGAUGCCCUCGCCACCCUCUCCCUCUCCUCCAAGCCCGUCGUCGUCGCCCAACCCAUCUUCGGCCUGCCCUCGCUGCACGGCGCGUCCAUGCCUUCGCGGAUGGAAGAACCCGCAGCGGACGACGCUAUGGAUUGGUCGCCUACGAACCCCGACGGGUCGUCCUCUUCGCCUGCCUUUGGUGGGAAACGCCCCGCCUCCAGCUCUACGGAGAACGACAACUGGCUCCGCCCACAAAAGUUCUUCGCACCCGAGAAACCGACCGGGCUCGAGGGGCUCUUGGAGGGCGCGCGAAUACAGGACGAGCCGAUGCCUUACGAGCCUGCUGAUGGCCCUCGAGGGAGAGGGAGAGGAGAGAGAUCUGGGGCAGUAGCGAACCACCUCUGGAUAUAUGGCCCAUUUUAUGUGCUGGGGAUUGCGCUUUUGGUAGUUGGUGUACAUUAUACUUUGAAAUGGGCAGGCCUUGCCAAGUGA